CCCGGGGGGACUCUCUGAGCGCCGCUGCCAUUUGGUUCCUCUCUGGCUCCAGCUGCCAGUUAGUGGCUGCGCAGCGUGUGGCACUGAGCGCACUGAGCCCGAUGCGCACUCCCUUCCCGGGACCCUCCGCCUGAGCUGCCGGGACCAUGAGUAAAAGCCAGAAUGAGUGCAAGCCUCUCUCCAUCAACUUCACUAUAGACAGCAUUCUCAAGCUGAGCUCCAGCAGGGCAGGGAGGCUCCGGCCCCAGGAAGGCUUGGCUGAGCGGCCCCCGGCGGGCAGCAGGGAGCUCCUCGUACAGGGAGGCGCGGAGGGAGAAGGGGACGCUCCGCGGGAGGAGCGCAGGGUGCGGUUCCCCGGACACGGGAAUGGCCAUUGCCUUGUGACCUCUGCCCAAGCUCUCGCCUACUGCGUGGAUCAGCAGCCAAAGCACAGAGAAUUGCCCUGUAGAGCAGAAAGCCCUGACAGUUUGCUUGAUGAACCCUCACCAACCCCAGAGAAACCCAACAAGAAGAACAAACUUCUAGCCAAGAAGAAGACUCGCACCAUUUUCUCCAAGAGUCAGAUCUUCCAGCUGGAAUCCACCUUUGACAUGAAACGUUAUCUCAGCAGUGCCGAAAGGGCCUGUCUGGCCAACUCCUUGCAAUUAACUGAAACUCAGGUGAAAAUCUGGUUCCAGAACCGAAGGAAUAAACUUAAGAGGCAGAUGUCCGCAGAACUGGACGGCCCUGUCCCUGUGGAACAGACUGAGGAUGCCAACCAUGGGGUGGCUCUGCCAGUCUUUUAUAAGGAAAACUCUUUCUUGAACAGAUGUGUAUUGCCAAUGACUUUUCCAAUGAUAUAUCCUGGAAGCACAUUCCCAUACCUGUGUUUUCCAACCCCAAGCAAAUACUACAGUCUCACACAAGGAGAUGGAUAAAGUAAGUGGGGAAGCAAGGCCCCAUUUUUGACAGUCACCUCAAUCCCUUGUUUUCUAGGGAUGUUUGCUGCAAUAUGCUUUUCUGCCUACCUUACUUGCGUCCUGUAUUCUGUAACACAGAGCUAACUUGAGGGGACCCAGGCACGUUUACCAGCCUUCACUGUCCCCUCCCCUUCAGCAGCAUUCCUAUGCAUAAAGACAAUGGGAAAGUACAUUAAUGUUUUACAGGAACGCAGGCAGCAACUGUGUUUGAAUAAACAUCAGGGAUAAUAGGAUAAUAAGUCCUGGAAAGGGACUGUUGCUUUGGGAUAACUGGCAUAAUAUGGUGGUAUGGUGCCUGUAGUAGCAGUGGGGGGAUAAUAGCCUCUGGGAAGGGACUGUGGCUGUGGGAUAGCAGGUAUAGUAG